AUGACGCCACCGCUGAUGACAAUCGCAGCAGUCACUGUCUGCCUGAGAGGAUCAGGGUGCAAUCAACGAGGCUUCCCGAUUUGGGGAAAAGUGGAAGCAGACCCACUGCCAUUACGAUAUCCAACACAGCCUACGUACCCUGUGCAACCUCCUGGGAAUCCAGUGUAUCCUCAGACCUUACAUCUUCCUCAGGCUCCACCCUAUACUGAUGCUCCGCCUGCAUACUCAGAGCUCUAUCGUCCAAGCUUUGUUUAUCCAGGGGCUGCCACAGUCCCCACCAUGUCAGCUGCCUUUCCUGGCUCCACAAUCCCCGUGGCUUACUAUCCAGUUGGUCCCAUCUAUCCACCCGGCUCAGCGGUGCUGGUGGAUGGAGGGUAUGAUGCAGGUGCCAGAUUUGGAGCUGGUGCUACCCCUGGCAACAUUCCUCCUCCGCCUCCUGGAUGCCCUCCCAACGCUGCCCAGAUUGCAGUCAUGCAGGGAGCCAAGGUCCUUGUAACUCAGCGCAAGGGAAACUUCUUCAUGGGUGAAGAACCGUGGCCGAGAAAGACAUCACAUACCUUCAGCACUUCAUAA